GUGUCUCUGCGGUACGCUGACUUCACUGCUGCGUUCAGUGGGAGUGUGAGUGCCGACCGCCUUGUGUUCGCGACGAGCCUGCCGCACUGGGCCGAUGAGAAGACGGAGUCCGAUACCGUACGAAAGUUCCACGCUGCUGUGACGAAUGUAACGGAGAGGACUCCUUUGUCGUUAAGAGCAUUUGCGAAUACAAGAGUGCUGGAGACUGUUUUCUUUGCACUUCAUGGUGCAUUUGGUACGGUGUUAGCUAAUUAUUUCUACAGGACAGCUGUAGUUGCACAGGAUGACAUGGUGUACGGAUCAUUUUAUGAUGAUGUUUACUGUGNGUUUCCAUGUGUGGUGGGCUCUCAUGACGGAUCUUUUGCGGUGACGUGUGUCGCUGCAGUAGGCUGCCCUUCUCUCUCUAUGUGUGUGUGGGUU